AAGAAAAAUCCAGUUGGGGGUCACGAAAAGUUGGACACGACUGAACAACACAUGUAUAUGUUGCUUACGAUGUGCUUAAACCUUUUAUAAUUACUUCGUUUGAUCCUCGAAACAACCGAGAGAGAGAGGUAGAGAGGUGCUAUUCUUUCCUUUUGCCAGAUGAGUCACACAGCAUAGCAUUCGAGAGGCUGGUCCAGAGUCACCGCUCAGUAGCGUCUGAGACCACUCUGGAUUCCCGAGUCCUGCAGACCCACUACGGCGAGGUCCAAGCCCACCUCAUUGCUUAUAGGGAGGCCGGAGGGGGAAAAUCUCUUCAAACCACCCCUACCCCUUUGACUGGUCCUAAGCAGACACUUGGCCAGCAGUUACCAUGACAACGAAAAUGAGCUCCGAAACUUGGAGCGCAGCUUCAUUUAGAGAAGCCCGGUUGGGUUAACCCUAGAAGGACACUAAUUAGUCUCCCCCUCCGCGGGCAUCGCCUCUUUUCUGCAGUUACUCGGUAGCUGUAAUCUGCCGGGGGCAAAAAAAGUAUUCAGCUGCGCGAAGCUUCUUGGGAGAUGUAGUCCACCAUGCCCCAUUAAGUCGGGCGGACUAGGUGGGAGGGGAAAGCGUUAGGCUGCGCGGUGUUUUCUGGGAGCCUGCUGAGAGGCACUCCGCUGCGCGGAGCUUCCUGGGAGUUGAAGUACGUCUCCCUGCGGAGGGGCGGUUUCUGCCGUUCCGACGUGAGACAAGCUGGCGAGUUUCUCAGACCGGCAGUCGGCGAGGAUCAGUCGCGGCCAGUGUUUCCACCGCAUCCAUGGCUACUUACAGCUUGGCGAACGAGCGGCUGAGGGCCCUGGAAGAUAUCGAACGGGAGAUAGGGACUAUCCUGCAGAGCGCUGGAAAUGUGAUCCUGGAACUGUCCAAAGAAAAGGCAAAUGAACGGUUGCUGGACCGGCAGGCGGCAGCUUUCACCUCUUCCGUGCAGCACGUGGAGGCUGAGCUGUCGGCCCAGAUCCGAUACCUGACUCAGGUAGCAACUGGCCAGCCUCAUGAAGGUUCCAGCUACUCAUCAAGAAAGGACUGUCAGAUGGCACUGAAACGAGUAGAUUACGCCCGAUUAAAACUGAGUGAGCUGGCACGAAUCUGUGAACAGGUGCUGGAGACUUAAAACAGAAUAAAGACCUUUCCUUUUCCUUCUA